CUCUCCCCGGGAGCCAUCCGGCCUCGCGCGGCCCGGGUCCUGCCGCGUGCCAGCCUGAGCCGGGCUCGGUGCCGGUGCAGGGGCAGCGCAGAGAGCCGGGGAGGUCGCUGCUGUAACCCAGCUCCUGUCCCUGCUCUGGUUGUACCCGUGCCUGUUCGAGCCCGUUUCACGCGGAUCGAUGCUUCCCUGUGAAACGGCCUUUGAAAAUAACAGGCCGGCUCUGGAGAGGCGCUGGCCUCCUCCACGCCAGGAUAGAGUCAGCUUCCAUUAUAGCGCUUUAUUUUAGCAACGCCUUGUCGCUUCGGUUUGGAUAACUUGUUCACCUUGAAAGCUGUCAGAUUUGCCAGAAAGUAAAAGAACAUUUGCACGAAGUUAAAAGGGAAUUCGUCAAACUGUUGGGUUAUUUUAAACCUACAUUAUUAAAAUGCCCUGAUCUGAAAGUAACUUUAAAUACAUUUAUUAAUAUACAUUGUUGCUGACAGUUUGAGUUCACCUCCUGCUCUAGCAGCAAAGAGUCCUGUGGCACCUUAUAGACUAACAGACAUUGGAGCAUGAGCUUUCGUGGGUGAAUACCCACUUCGUCGGAUGCAUGUCCACAGGAUUCUUUGCUGCUUUUACAGAUCCAGACUAACACAGCUAUCCCUCUGAUACUUGUCCUCCUAUUCUAGUUGAUGUCAUAGUGGUUUAUUUGUCAUCAGUUUAACUGGAAAUAUAAUUUAGUACUGUUAUCCUUAACUUGUUAAAUCUUACCUGUGUGAGUAGUUACCUUGAAUUUUAAUAUGCUCUCACGUAUAGAGUUACAGGCAUAAAGGUUUACAGAUUCAAGGCCCAUAUGUGUGGGAGGGUAUGUUUUCUUCUCUUGGCCCUGUUCUACAGUGGGAGAGAGGGAGGUCAACCUUAGAUACACAACUUCAGCUACGCGAAUAGCAUAGCCGAAAGUCGGCAUAUCUUAGGUCGACUUACCUGGCCGUGAGGACGAUGGCGAGUUGACCGCUACCGCUCCCCCGUCGAUUCCGCUUCUGCCUCUCACGAGCUGGAGUUCCGAAGUCGCCGGGGAGCGUGUUCAAGGAUCAAUUUAUCUGCAUCUAGACGAGACGCGAUAAAUCGAUCCCCAAUAUAUCGAUCUCCAACCAAGGGCAGUGAAGACCUGCUCUUGGUUGGUUGUAUCUUAGAAAAUCGGCAUUCGACUAUAGAUAGCUAAUGGAGAGCUGCCUUCUGCUCAGAUGGUAGAAGCUUGUGUUUUGGAAGCUGGGGAAUCAGGACUCCAGAUCUAGGGACUUGAUAGACCACCUGUGUGUGAUUUUUAUGAAGAGGUCGUAGCUUCUCUGCAGAUAAGGUGGAAAACCCAUUAAAGUUGGUUUGAUCCCUUCUGUGAUUCAGAGAAAUCUUCAUAAUUUAAAAUGUUUUGCAUUGAGUUUAAUUGAACUAGAAUGUGCUCUGAGAAUUAUUUAAACCCAUUUUUUCAGAUGAGCUAACAAGGGCUGUGAUCCUGCUGUUGGGUCCAUGCAGAAGAACAUACUAGUUGAAAAUAAUGCAAAGCUCGACAAAGAUGGCCUCACUAAUCUCUAUGUUCAACAUGCCAUACCAUUGCCUCAGCGGGACUUACCCAAAAGUAGAUGGGGGAAAAUGAUGGAAAAGAAAAGGGAGCUAAAUGAAACAAAAAAUGAGAGUAAAAGUGUUACAACUGUGGAAGGCUUACGGAAACGGCCACUAAUUGUAUUUGAUGGCAGUUCAACAAGUACAAGUAUAAAAGUGAAAAAGACAGAAAACGGAGCUACUGAUCGCCUAAAACCUCCUCCAGCUGGAAUCACUGCCGAUACUUUUAGGAGAUUAUCUGUUCCUUCAAACGCCUCAACACACAUUUCAGCCUCCAGUUUAUCACAGGAGGUUAAACUGGAAACUAGGAAGAAUGAGGCUAAACAGAACAGUGUGCCAGUGACUAAUAGCAUAUUGGCUAAUCUGAAGGUGCCACCUUUGACCCCUGUAGCAGGAGCUGCUGUUGUGAAAUUAAAGAGAGCAGCUCCAAAAGAAGAAUCUGAAUCAGCGAAUGACCUAAAACCUACAGAAGCAAAGAAGAAAAUCCAGCAUGUAACAUGGCCAUGAAUUAGUGGGGGUCCUGGAAAUGUAAAUAUAUCAUUCCUGUAGUUCAGAACAGUUGAAGUACAUUUCUCUUUAAAGUAUACAGGGAUUCACAUUGUUGUGGAGUUUUCUUAAAUUUGAAAGUUCCCUAAUAUAAAGCUGGAAUCAUAGUCUCACCAAUCACCUUAAAAGUGUCUACCUUUGGUAAGAACACCAAAGGGGGUGUUCUUACAAGAUACUAAAAAACCUGCUUUUGAAUUUUCAAGUAUACUGUAGUUCAUCUCCUGUGUGUCUCUACAAAACACCUUUGUGGGCUUAAAAAUGUUCAUAUUUUAUGCUAUACAGCUAAAUUCAGAUUAGUAGGUCAUGUCCUAGCUAAAUACCCAACGCAAUUCUUGAAGUUCCAGGUGGUAUGAAAGAUUGUGCAUCCAAACCCUGUUUGGGUUUCAGAAUCUAGUUAAACAAUAUGGUAUAAAAUCAUCCCAUUGACAGAUUUUAUUCUAGAGAAAAAAAUAUUUUUGUUAUACAGAACAAAACUACAGACUUGUAUUUGUAUUUAAAAUACAGGUUAAGUUAGUAAUAACACAUGAACUAUAUAACAUUCUUGCUUCAAAUUGAAGCUUCUAUAGUCAUUUGAGAUAAAAAAAAUGCACAUGGAAGCACAUUAUUAGAAUCUAUAUUCAGUAUGAAUCUGAGGAAAAAUAAUAAAUGGAUUAGUGCAAUGUUCUUAUAUACACACAUCUGUAUACGUGUGUGCAACAAGUUUCUUUUGUUAUCCCAGUUAUAAUAAUGCUUGUUAAAAUAAAGUGGGAAAUCCUAGAAUGUGGGCCAACACUCUCCUCUCAUCAACAUGUAAAGAAGCAACAAUCACUGCACUGGGUUAGAAUAGUAUACUCGUAACAAUGUCUAGCCUCUUCCCUACCUGUGACAGUUUUAAAAUAAGAUUGUUGGUUUUUCUUUGAAUCCCAGUGGAUUUCAUUUGGAUUAUUACUUGUGUGGUGUAAUACACUGGAUCUGGUCCUAUGUCCAUUAAAAUCAAUGGCAAAACUAUUGAUUUUGGUGGUUAAGUGGACCUGAUCCUGCACCUACUUUGGGUGUAUAUGGUAAAUAGUAAAGCUUCUAUAUGCAAAAACUAAUAUGAAAUUUGUAUUCCUCCCAUAUGAAAGCCUGUCACCACUGAAUUUAAACAUGCAGGAAAUCCUUUUUCUGGCUUUAAGCCAGUUGAAAAUGCUGUCAGCAGCGAUCUGAAAGCUUACUUAGAAUUUUUUUAAAUGUAUAUGUAUUGAAAAUAUGAACAGUAGUCUACGUCGGAUAUGGCUGAGACAGGAGUUUCCCAUUCAUUAUUGUGGAAUCAAAGGCACUUCUGAAUGCUGUAAAAUAGUAAGAAUGAUGUGUGUUGUUUUUUUUUUAAAAUAUUGUGUGCUCGUCUCCUUUUACUAAACACUAAAACCUGUGUGCAGGUUUUACACUUCAGUACAGAAAAGUUUCACAUGUUAAUGUACAUUUUGUAUGUAAAGAGUGGUCUUUUAAGUAGUUUUAUCCUAUUUAAAUAAACUGAAUUAAAAGUAA